AAAGCGACGUGUGCAAUCAUUACGAAGAAGGUGCAAUGCAUUUAGAAAACUCUUCGAGUGCACUGACUGAGCUGAGCUGAGCUAAGCUGUCGAAGUGAUCAUCCAUUGAUACAGCAGAAUUUGGUAGCAUUCAUUCAGUCUAAGAUCAUCUUCGAAGAUCAGGAAAGUUUCUCUGGAGUACCAAGAUGGCUACCCAGAGCUCGAGCAGACUCAAUAAACCCGCUGUGAGGGUGUUCAUCGAGAUGCUGGCAGAAGAAGACAUCUUAGCUACACUCGAUCCUCAAGGGCUGGUUUGGAUGGAGGGGAGACUAGUAAGUGUUGACGAGCCUGAGAAUAUCGCUGUACUUUACGAUUCAACGGGUAGAGCCAGAAUAGACUACAGCAGUGUCAGGAGGCUUCGCUCACACAAUGAUAACGUCAUCGCAGUUGAUUCUAUCGUGAUGGUGGUUGGGAAGGUGGUGUCGUACCCUCCGGAUCCUCUCAUCAAGGCGAUCAAGAUCUCGCGGGUCAGCAGCUGCGAGUCAGGUGAGGUCAUAUGGGACCUGGAGGUCCGGGAACAACACAGGGCGGUCUUCAGGCAGAGGUACGAGGACCGGAUCGCGGAACAUGGAGACCCUUUUGCACACUACCCAAUGGGCUAUUAGGACUAAAAGUGGAGACCAGUCCUAUGGACCAUUUGCACAAAAAAGAGAAACAGUUUUACUAUACCAUGGGGUAAUAGGACUUAAAGGCCCACUGCACUACUUGUAGCUACUUGCGCCCUCUAUAUAACAAACAGUGCCUAAUCGGUGACCA